AUGAGUGCAAAUCAACGAACCGACUGCUUUUUCAACCUUACAACACCCGAACGCAUCGAUCUUUUUCGGGUGAGUUCAUAUUUUUUUUUCUAGUAAUUCACAUGUGUAGGUGUGACUUCGAAGUAACUCACGCCGUGUGUGAAAAUCGGAAAUUAUUUCCAGCGUCGUCAAGCACUGCGCGUCGAAAAUGUGUUCCGAACGUUCUACGGAUGGGCGAUGCUUCCGUUGGCCAUCAUCGGCGCCAUCGCCACCGCCGUCUUCAUCAUCAGUUGUUAUAAGGUAGGUCAGGAAAGGAUAAUACAUUUUUGAUGCCCUAGGAAGACCUUUAAUCGACCUAAAUAUAGAUUUUAAAGUCAUAAUUGAGAUUCGAGUUCUCCGUUCCUUCAGUUAGUAUUGCUAAAACAUUGAGUGAUGACCCCUAUAUUCUAAUCGCAAUGAUGGCAAUUGGUAUUCAAAACAUUUCACUAAAAUGCGUUGUAAUCGAUUAUUCUUAAAGGCGCAUAACAAAUGCUCGGGGAGGGAUCCUUAAAGCUGAAACUCAACCAAAUUCAGGCGAUAAAAGCACGUCGAGUGUCGCGUAAAUGCUACGCGCUCCUCAUGAAUCGUGCAAUCGGAGACAUCCUCACAUGCGCUUCUGCCCUCGUCACGUGUUGUUACGUCCUCACUUGGCAUGACAUCAAGUACGUCCUCAUCCUUCUACAAAAGUUCUAACUCAAUUCAGUAAUGUUGGGAUGCAGAACAGGCGGAGACGCCUGAAAUCGCCUCUUCUGCAUCCCUAUAGUAAUGUACAACUUUUCGACAAACAAAGAAUUUCAGCCGUGACAUGGUUGUCGUCAUCGAGUCGUUUUUCAUCGGAAGCUUCUGGUCGGCCAUGGUCUCCUACUGUUCUCUGUCCGUUCUCAAACUGUUCGCCGUCUGGAAACCGUUCCAUUAUCGAAAAUGGUUCACAAUGCGACGAUGCAUCAAUUUGAUGAUUAUCAGGUUGGCUUGAUUCGUUCUUAAAUUAAAAAUUAAAAAUUAGAAAAGCAAUUCAGUUGGACAAUACUCGUUCUGAUGGUCAGUUACACAUUGGCCAUCUCGGCGCUCGUCAAAAUUCCCGAUCUGAACGCGUGGUCCGGGUGCAAAGCGGAAACUUGUCUGAGGAACAUGUACAGGUAACAUUUCGAUAGAUAAAUAGAAAAUUUUUUGCUCUACAACUUUGCUCUUGUAAAUGCUUCAUGAACAAUGCCCUGUAUCGAGCGAGUUACGUUCACUUUACUAAACAUUUCCAACCUCAAUGAAAGAUUGGGGUUGCAGAAAAUUGAGACAAACUUGUCAAGCACAAAAUUUCCAAUCGACAGACUGCGUAACCUGCUCACCGCCUCCGUCUACUUCUUCACAAUUAUCGUGUUCGUCGUCACCGUUUUCUUCAUUCGAAAAGCGCAAAACUUUAGUAACUCUUUCAAAAAACGGUAAUCAGGCUCAUGUUUUCCUCAAAAACUUCAAUUUUUUCAGUGAACAAGACGGAGGCGGCGGCCGCAUCCGAAUGGUCCGAUUUCCGUUGUGGAAGCUCGCGUUGAACGUCGGCACUUUUGCCAUUUUGAACGUUCCCUACGCGUUUUGGUAAUUUCGUUUAGGCCCAACAAACCUUUUUUCGACAUUCAAACAUUGCAGGUGCGUCGGGCUCGUUCUCAAUCGAGAUCCGUGUCUUUUCCAGCGAAAUUACGCUGAAAUGAUGAGAUUGCUGGGAAUUAUCCGAUGUUUUCUGGUUGUCCGAUGCAUUCUCGAUCCGGUUUUGUCGUUCUGCACCGAUUUUCAGGUAGCGUAUUUAGGAAAAGAUCGAAACAUGUUUUCAAAAGGGUUGUUGAACAAUUUUUCAAAAAUAAACCAUUUCCAGUUGCGUCGCGGCCUUCUCGAACUGUUCGGCCAGGGCCGGAAAGUUGGCGAUCAACGGAGCACCUUCAAGCAGAGCUACAGUUCGAGCAGCGCCGAUCACAACUCGAUCAUCGAUCGAUCGACACGCAGUCAGACGGUCACCACAAUCGCCAGUUCGAACCCGUCGACCAAGGACAAACAGAAAAAAGCGGCCAGCUUCGGAGGGCUCGAAGUCAGUCGCAAAGUGGAUCGAUUCUGA